AUGGCUGCACAAAUAGGAUAUUUGUCGAUUUGUCGCCGUAGAUUCGCAUUUCGUAUCGUGCGUAUACCGAAGAAGGAUGUAGAAGCUACAAAAUAUCGUGCCAUUCACCAGAACCUCAUUACACUAGAGGAGAUGCGCAAUGCCACAAGAGAGGGUGUUAUGGCAGUAUAUGGCGCUCUGGAAUCGGAAGAUGUGCGCAGUCGCCUGGAUCAGGAUUAUCUUCAGGGGCUGCUAGAACGGACGUUGGAGCUGAGGCGUGCGUUCCUUCCAGAGGAUUAUGCAAGGAUAUACCUUCGGCUCAAAUCGUUGCCAAAGGCAGCAUCAGGCUUCACCAGUGAGCUUAAUGAGGGUGUUAGAAGGCUUUCUGGUAACUUCAACAAAAAACAAAUAGCUAUCAUACUAAAAGCGUACUCUUCGCUCAACUCACGCUCACUGGGUACUAUAGACGAGCUUUUGCGGACGUUCAACAGGGGUAUUCACGAAGCAGAAGUGUGGCAGCUAAGGGACGUUGCGUCAGCGUUGGCAACACUUAGGGUGCCACUAAAAGAGCACGUUGAGACAUUCUAUAAGAGUGCCGUGGCACAGCUGCCAAAGCAUUUGAAGGGUAUUACCGGUGACGAUAUCGGAGUAUUUCUGAAUGCAUUCUCACGGCAGGGUGUUAGUCACGACGAGGUGCUACAUUUCGUUGACUCCCAUGCGCAAAGGCUGAUCAAGGAAGCAUCAUUCAGAAAUGUCGCACUCAUUGCUAACACCUUUGCUAAAGCCGAACGCCAUUCCCGUGCAGUGAUAAAUGCCGUUGCUGAACGAUUACACGUCGAAGUAGCGAAAAACAUCGGUACAACAUCCAUAGAAGUUAUUAGUCGCAUGGAUGCAAAUGAAACAAACGGUUCGAAGGGCACUACAGGUGUCUCAAGGAUGUUGGAGGUUGCCACUGUGCCGCAGGACGAAGAAAAGGUGCCGCAAAACGUAUUGUCUCGAGAUCACCCAUUGAAUGUGAUCGAUGUUGCGAUGAUCUUUAAUGCCUUCACGAAACUGGAAGAACAUUCUCUGAAAUUGCUAAACGCAUAUAUACCCUGGUUAAAUCACCACAUUAACGCAGAAACACCUACACUCUCCCUAGUCCUACUGUGUCACGCAUACUCCAGGGCUGGGGUGAAUAACCGGGACCUUUAUAUGCGUAUGGCUCAAAUACUUCUACAAAGGGUGAACACUCUGAACUGUCAGCAGCUUGGAGUAGUGGCACUGUCCUAUGCCAAGGCCGGACAAAACAUCCCUCUUCUUUUCCUACGGCUAGCUGACGAGGUUAUAUAUCGAGGAACUGUUGCACUUAAGUUCAAGAGAUAUGAUUUUGACUUCCAGUCUCUGGAACAGUUGAUGCAGGCCUUCAGCCGGGUAGGAUUCCGUGAUCACCGCGUAUACCACGUGCUUACAACGCUACUUAAACGACGGCUGAGAACCGCCGGAGCUGAGGAACUCAACGGUGAUAUGAUAGCCUCGAUUUUGACAUCGAUGGCGCCGCACAAAGUAGACGCUUUCGUGCCGUUCAUUACGGACGCAAUAGUGCGCACGAGGGAGGCUACAGCAUACAGCACUUCGGCGAUAUGCCGAUUACUCAUCGCAUUUGGGAAGUUAAAGAUUGCUCAUGGCAAAAUCACGGAAUCCAUGAUGAAGGAAGUGAAGGAUCGAGUCAACGAAUUCCAAAUACCGGUGCUCAUAAACGCGCUCAAAGCACUGGCUAAGCUCAACAAGUAUAACUUGACGUUGGUAAAAGAGUCGCUCAAGAGAUGCUCGAUGCAUCUAGUUCAUCUCACGACGCAGGACAUCGCAAACCUACUCUCGGCUCUAAGUGACUUUGGCUUCCGAAAUGUCAACUUCUUGGAAAAAUUAGUCAUGUGUAUCAAGCACCGAAUGGAGGAUUUCAAUAGACACCAACUGCAUAUCAUUUUCUCUAGGCUUUCGAUGCUACGCACGUCGGAUGCAGAAGUGUAUCGACAGUUGCUACCACGACUGAUGCUCCAUCAGCAUGAAUUCAAUGAAUUGGAACUCGCUGAUGUUAGCGUAGGGUAUAUAUAUGUGUUGGUACAUUUCGACUACCUGCAAAGGGAGAUGCAUCUGCAGAGAAUGGCUCAUUCUAUUGCUGAAGCACGAAAGCAACAGCAGAUGAUGCAAGAUCAGGCUAUGGCCGGAUAUGUGAAUCGAGGAGACGAUGAAACAUGCGAGCAUAAUAUGCAACACUCGGAUGGCAGUCAACGUCUGGAGCUUUUACCGCCCAAUGAGGAAACGAUGGCUGGUGGCACCCAUAACCGUCGUAUGCCCGAUCCAGCAACUAAUCUAGCGGGUUACGGUUUCAAGGAUAGUAUACUGGAUGCGAUGCUUUCACAUCUCGGGACGAAACUUGAUGUGGGUACUAUAUUCAAGGUUCAGACAGUCCACCUCUACCUCAAGCAUAUCAGACCCGAUAUUUAUUCUAAGCUUUCGGUAAAAGCUGUAGAAGCAUUGCAAAAGUGUUCGUCUGUCAAGUUCGCAUUGGCGGAGUACAUGCUCACCUCGUCCUCAGCACACAGAGAGGUAUCACACUUUUUCAACCUGAUCGGAGUGUGUCAUCGUAAUGAAGUCCAAUUCGGGCCGUAUCUGGUUGACAUAGUCCCGGAAACCAGCUCAUCACGCAAGGUGGCAAUUGAGUACGAUGGCCCUACCCAUUUUUACUCCGAGACGACAAUGCGCACCGCAAAGUCGAUACUGAAGCACGAGAUACUCGAAAGCGCCGGUUGGCAUGUCAUACACAUUCCACAUCAAGAGUGGGCACAGCUGGUAUCCGCUAAGCAAAAGAUCAUUUAUCUCGAUCUAUUGAGGAAACAGUACCAAGACCGGUACGCCUCGUCAACCGUUCCUUUGCAGUUAUCGGCAUCUACGGUCCAGAGUCGUCCAUUCUCAUCUGCUCUGAUUCGGAAGCGUCGCUACCUCUUAAAGAUCAACGAGCAGGUACUGAAGGAACACCUGGAGUUACCUGAACAGAGUGAGAUCGAGGGAGGCUGCCGGCGGCAGACGGCUUCGGAAACGGACAAAAUUGCCGAUGAGCUGUGUAAAAUGCUCAUGGAUGGGAAGAGCAACAUCGUCGAUAUAGACAAAGGUGAACCCAUUCCCAAAGAAGGUAGUGUGCCCAAUUGUGACCAAAAACGACUAGAUAGCAGUCAAUAUUCCCACAAAAAGAUGGGAUUCGAGUGGUCGAGGCGCCCGUAUACCGCGCCGUUUUUACGGGACCUUAUAUACAACCCAGGACAUAGAAUGCCAGGUCAAGACGAUAAUGAAGAACCACAUCGAGGUGAACCUAUCGGACAAUAUCGCUUCGUUAAACACGUUCCAUUUGCUAGCAAGGUAUCUGCGUUACCACUGAGCGAUUCACAGUCAGGACACCUCGGUGGUACCGGUGGAUGUAGCAGCACACUUAGCCUGCAUUCAUUGGUGCCUAGCACGGCUUUUGGUAACCUAUGCUCUACGGAGAUACGUGGAUCGGACAUAUUUUUCCUUCCAAAGCCGUCACAGCUACUGUGUUUCGCGAUACCGGUGUUUGUGCUAAUGCCAAAUCUCACCGUGUUUGCCAGACAGUGGUUCUUCUACGCGCCGAAGUAA